AUGCAAGUCAAGGUUGCGUCUUAUCUCAUGUUUAUAAAUAAUGUCGUUUUAAUAUUCAUCUUUGGCUGAUACGCUGUGUGGGUGGAAAAAUCAUCAAGCCUUACGUUUUAAUGUUCUUAAUUGAUCAAAUGAACAAUGUGAAUUGUGCAGGUCCAAACUCCGAGUAUGACUAACAUAAACGCACCGUUAUUUAUCUAAAACAAUGAGAUUUAUGCUCAUAUCAUUUUAAGUGUUAGUGAGGUUAAGAUCGUGCCCUGUUUGUGUAAAAAUUGAUAAUUAUGUCCCUCGUUGAGAAAUACGCCGAUUCCCAAAUAGCGGAGGCAAAACAGACCUCAAGCUGGUUCAGCCCCGACUGGUUAACAUGGAAUAAGUACUCGGAGAGCAUGCUAAGGGCCCUAGAGAAAAAAAUUCUGCAAAUCGUAAAGACAGCAUAUCGAGGAUGGUACGUGGACAUAGGCCCUGUGGUGGGUCCUGCGGACAAAAUCUGGACGAUAUCAUUGAACACCGAGUCUCCAAACACCCCUCUAGUCCUUCUGCAUGGCUUAGGUGCAGGAGUAGCACUGUGGUGUCUAAAUUUGGACGCUUUUGCGGCAAACCGUCCCGUGUAUGCCUUUGAUUUGUUAGGUUUCGGCCGAUCAUCGCGGCCCACCUUCAGUAGCGACGCGAUGGAGGCCGAACAGCAGAUGGUCAAAUCGAUCGAAGAGUGGCGGAAGGAAAUGAAACUGGACAACUUUGUGUUAUUGGGGCACAGUAUGGGGGGUUUCCUUGCCGCUUCUUACGCUUUGAGUUACCCAGAUCAUGUCAAACAUUUGGUUUUGGCCGAUCCGUGGGGUUUCCCCGAGCGGCCGCAGGAAUUCAAAGAGUUGCCUCUGUGGAUAAGGACGUUGUCCUACAUGUUGCAACCGUUCAAUCCUUUGGCCGGGAUCAGGGUCGCGGGCCCGCUAGGACCCUGGUUUAUUAACACUUUGAGACCUGAUAUUACUAAGAAAUACGCUUCUGCGAUUGAACCGCAGGAACUUAUCCCUCAGUAUAUUUAUCAGUGUAAUUCUCAGACUCCCAGUGGUGAGAGCGCGUUUCACUCGAUGAUGUCGGGCUUUGGUUGGGCUAAGAAUCCGAUGGUGAAUCGCAUCGACAAGAUGCGGAAGGAUAUUUCUAUAACGUUGUUGUACGGAUCCAGGUCUUGGAUCGACCAUUCAGCCGCUGAAAUAAUCAAGUUCAAGCGAAUUGAUUCCUACUUUAAGUUACAAGUUAUCACAGGAGCAGGCCAUCACGUGUACGCUGAUAAGCCUGAAGCCUUUAAUCAGAUAGUGUUGGAUGCGUGUGCACAUGCCGAUAAUUUAGGGAAAACCAACUACUUAGCUUUAAUGCCGUCCGAGUACAACGAAGAGUCGGAAAAUUCCGAAAGUGAAACAGGAAACCAAAGCAAGGAUUAACAAAGGAGGAAAUUAGGUCAUAUUAUUUAUCAUUGACUCAUGUUUUAAUGUUGGAUCUAUCAUAAGUUUUUAUAUUCAUUAACAAAUUGUAGAUAAAUUUAUUUAUUCUGUCGCAACCGUCUAUAUUUUUUGAUAUUAUUUAUUGAACAUUUUUUAAAUGAAAUUUUAGAAGUAGGAUAGGAGUUGUACAAUGUUAACUACGGAUUAGUGGGUCUUGUUAGUUUUCUAAAUAUUUAUUGUUUGUUUUAUAGUUAUUCAGUUGCCUGACGAGUGUUAUACGACUACAUAUGUCGAUAAAAGAAUUUUGUGAUAAAUGUUGAGUUUGAAUAAUACAUUUUAUUUCGGCGCGGAAAACUUUCUUUAUGUAACGAGAUUUUGAAAAUAAAAUUAUGAACUUGAAAA